GGUCAGUCAACGGUGAUCAUUUGACUGCUGUAGUGAGUACACAAUCACAGAUUCAUCUGUACUUAGCUUACUAAACAGACCAGAGUUUGAAGAAGGAAUAUUUGGUGUGUAAUCACAGAAGUGGCGUGUGUACACGGACGAGAACUAUUCACUUGACGCUGAGUGUUAGGCAUCCCCAGGCAAACAUUGAACAUCCAGGCAUGAUUUCACCUAAGCCAGGAUAUAGUGCAUCACCCGUGAACAUGAACACCAUGGGGCACAUGAACGCUAUGGGUGGCAUGAACACCUAUGCUAGCAGUACUGGACCACAUUCUGCCGGAAUGGGCUCUAUGACAAUGUCAAUGUCGCAAGUGAAUUCAAUGGGUGCCGCCAUGCAAGGUAAUAUUAACGGAAUGGCGCCCCACGGAAUGGGUAUGAAUCCCAUGAACACGAUGACACCAAUGCAAGCCAUGACCAUGGCCCCAAUGAACAAUCCGAUGAGUAUGCGACUAGCUCAAGCACAGGCCGCCGAUUUGAAUCGAGUUCGCGCCGAGAAAACCUACAGACGAUCGUACACGCACGCUAAACCGCCGUAUUCGUACAUUUCACUCAUCACUAUGGCUAUCCAGCAAUCCCAACAGAAAAUGGUAACAUUGAGCGAUAUAUACCAGUUUAUUAUGGACCUGUUUCCGUUCUACCGGCAAAAUCAACAACGGUGGCAAAAUUCUAUCCGCCAUAGCCUUUCUUUCAAUGACUGUUUUUUAAAAGUUCCUCGUACACCCGAUCGUCCUGGAAAAGGAAGUUUCUGGACGCUCCAUCCAGACGCGGGGAACAUGUUUGAGAACGGCUGCUAUCUCCGCCGCCAGAAACGUUUUAAAUGUAUCAAGAAAGAACUCCGGCCACAAAAGUCAUCACCGGGCGACGACGAUAUCGUUACCUCUGAAGGCAGCAGGCUUACAGACUCAGUAAGUACAACGACUUCACCGACACACCAUCUAGAUUCGAACAACGACCCUCACAGCAUCCAUUCACCUCAGCACCCGCAGCAACAAGUGCAGCAGAUACCAAAAGAGGAACCUGUGCCAUCAAUGGCAGCGGCUCCUGGCAUGAACAUGACACCAAACCGUCCUCUAGGUCCCACGCAGAUGCCCAUGCACCUACCGAUGCAUCACCCAAUGCAUUCCGUCAUGACCCACAGUCAGCAUCCAUCCUUCGCACAUCCAUUUUCGAUUAGCAGUAUCAUAUCCCCAGAACAGAAAUACGAUGUAAAAGGUUACGAAGUACUUGGUUACCCGUCCUACAACCCUAUGUCCGGAAUGGCUGGAACAGUUCAGAUGACGAAAGCCACAAUGGACUACUCAGCACCAAAUGACGUAACCUACAGUCAACUUACCACAGCUCAAGCCAAUCAUCACCAACAAAAUUAUGAA